AUGGCGAACAAAGCUCAUAUGUCUGAACACAAGUCAUCCAAAGCUGGAAAAGGUUACAAUAACAAUCGCAACUCAAAGCAUGGACCUAACAAGAAAGUUCACUGUGGACAACGUAAGGACAACAAGAAUAAUGCUAACUUGGUUGAGAAGAACAAAGACGAGUUUUCUGCUGUAGUGUCUGAAUUUUUUCUUUAUUUCUCACUCGAGAAAAAUCAAUGGAUCUCUCCACUACCUCCACCAGUGCCACCACCAUCUUCAUCUCCAUCUCCGUCGCCACCACAACCUACGCCACCAACACCAGAACCAGAAUCGUCUCCAUCACCAUCAUCUUUUUCUGGUGGUGUUGGUGGUAUUGUAACUGGUGGUGAUUUAGAUAGAAAGAGUGCAACAAUAGUUCAUGAACGGCAGUGGUGUGGUAAUGGUGUGGAUGGUGCUUCUGGUGUUGAACCUGACUUGCAAGUAAGAAGACAAGUUGGUAGAGUUGAUGCUGAGUUUGUGAGACAAGAAGAUUUUGGUGUCAUUGAAGGGAUUAAUAGAUAA